AUGGGGGAAGGUGGGAUUUCUCCGGUCAGCCGGGAGGCAGAGAGUGUCCCGGCACGGGCAUUCCAAGGGCUGUUUCUUCAGAGGCUGAUGGUCCAUUCCACUAGCAAUGUACGCGUUUUUCCCCUCUCUCCUGCGGUCCCAGCGGCCCACAAGCUCCCUCCCCCCGCCCUUCAUCGCUCCCGGCGGACGCUUCUGCCGCAGCUCCGCUCCCCAGGUGAGGGGCGGGGCCUGAGUCUGGCCCAGUUUUCAGUCCCGAGGCUGGCUCUGCGACUCCCUCGCUCGCGCUCUACCUUACUCCCUUACACGCAUGCGUGCCUUCUCCCCCUCCCUUUACCCCCGCCUCCCCCUCCGCGCGGACGCGGCGUCCUUAGCAACCAGAGCCCCAGCGCAGACUCCCCCGGAGCCGGGCGCGAGGCAGGGGCGGGGCGCGCGAGCGGGAGCUCAGUGCGCCUGCGCAGGGAGCCAACGGUCGGCGGUCGCUGUGGAUCUCGGAGAAUGGAAUCUUGGCAGUCCCUUGAUGUAGAAGUGGACAGUUCCCAUAGCCUGCUGGCAUCUGUUGCCAGGCUUAAUACGAGAAGGGAAGAAAGUGACCUGUCUGAAUUCCCAUCUGUGGAGGAGGGGGUGUUGACUGUAUCGGAAGAGGAUGGAAAGGACCGGGCUGGAGAGGCUUCAUGUUCCCCAUUGUUAGCCAUUGAGGACACGAGUGGCUCCCCCUGUAUUCCUUUGCUGGCAUCUUCUCCAACCCACAAGGUUUGGGAUGAGACUCUGUUUCAGCAGAGUGAGCUGGAGUUCGUGCCUUUGAGGGGGAUUCCUGAUCUAUCUGAAGUUUCAGAAUCGCGUUCCAGACAUUCACAAGUCAAUGAAGCCUUGUUUCCAUCCUCCUCUGAAGGGCCCUCUGACUUCUGUGACAACCAUCCCAGCCUGAGUACUCAUAAGACAGUCGAGAUCAGCACCAUCGCCUCUUAUGAGACCGGUGUUGCGUGUCCACGUUUCCCUCGUCAACAAGCGUACAUUUACACCAACAAAAAGUCUACUUCUUCACCUGAUACGGGUGAUGAGCUUUCCAGAUCAUAUGGAAAAGAUGGCGUUGAAACCCUUGAUUCUCACAUGUCACUGAGGACAUGGGAAACUACCCAGAAGCUGGAAACAUUUCCAUCCAGGCAGGACCAGAGCGUGCUCAAAGAUGAUGGUGUUUCUCCUUUGGACUGCAGACUUUCACAUUCUUCCCUUCUUCCUUGCUUAGAAAAAAACAGAUUAGGUUUUUCUUCACCUUCAGAUCGCUCUAUUUGUGAGAGUUUCAAACUUGAUUUUUUGAAAUCAGAUGAAAGCAAAGUUGCAAGAUUGGGGGAUAUAUGCUCUCUACAUUUUAAAGGAGAGAUCUCUUCUAAGUUUAUGUCUCAUUCCUUGUUCCCUACAUCUUCACAAUGCCAGUCUGUGCAGAAUUCUGUAGGUCCUAAUGCGAAUUCUGUAAAACUGUCAGUACACAGUGACAGCACUAGAGCAGGAUCUUCUGGUAUUGCUUUUCAUUCUGGCUUCCAGCAUUCUGAUAGAUUUAAGUUGGAUGACAUGUCAAAGCCAGGCCCAGACAAAGGUUUUGAUGCUAAUAAAACUAUGGCAUUCCAUGAGGUUGUGGCUUCUAUAGAGCCAACAGCAAGUAAAAACAGCUCUGCUGCUGUUCAGGAUUUAUUAGGUGUUAGAUCAGAUCAGAAACAAACCAUUUCUCCCUUGAGUUCUCAAACUGAAAAAUCAUCACCAGGACAACCAACUCAACCAUCUCCUUCGGUAUUUCCAGUCCAAAAUUUCACUCCAGUACCAUCUCUGAGGUCAGCUCCUGCCACUUCAAAACUUCAGUUUUCUUUUGUUUCCUCAAAUGAAGAAUUAGCCAACCCCAAUCCAAGAAACCUUGCUGUUUGGAAACCACAGUCACCUUCAGGUAACCAGGAUGUAAGCAGUGAGUCUACUGAGAAGCCUCUUCCUUGUUUGGAUACCAUGGGUACUUCUGGAGAUCUGCCUUAUGUUUCACCAUUAACUCAGACUUAUUCUCCUACUUUAGUAAAUAUUAUGCGUUAUGAUAUUUCACGUAGUUUUCCGAUUCCAGGUGAAGCUUCUCAGCCUCUGGCAUCAUUUAAGGACACUACACUUGGGACAAAUGCAGUUAUGAAGGAUGACACCAAUAUUAAAAGUUCACAACUCUAUGGAAGUGGCAUUAUAUCCAGCGGAAGAGUUGCUGAAAUGCUAAGAGACGAGAAGUAUAACAUGAAGGACCUACCAGAGACACGGGAGCCUUCCCAGAAUGACAUUGAACCAUCUGGGGGCUCAACAUUCCCUUCUGGUUUGACUGACCAGGUCAGAGAUGGUGCCUCAGAGCGCAGCAUUCCUCCUUUGACUUUUUCCCAGGCAAAGUCCCACAAGAGCACAUCCACCACUGACAGCAAACCAGUCCCUGCAGAACUAUUGCUCGCCGAUGCAGAGGUCAAGGUAUACCAGGAUCGCACUUCACAAACAUCACCGGAGAGAAAGGUACACCAUCGCUUCAUUGACUCUCGUUCAUUUGUUCCUCCAAUACCAUGUGUUCCAUUACCAGUCAUAGAGCCUCCAGUACAGUGUCCUAAUACGUUGGGGAUAUUUUAUAAGAGCUCAAAGAUCACUUCAAAUGUACAUUCCAACUUUAAUUCCGGCAUCUCUCACGUCAGCGGACCCAUCCCUGUGGAGUCCCAUUCACACCGAGAUUCACCAGUGCCUACUGGAACAUUGCAGCAUCUGGAUUUCCAGGACAAAAGUCAGAUUGCGAGUGCCUCUCAGCAACAGGUGGAGCAGGCCUCUGAGAGUUCCCCAGAGACUUUCCCUAAGUUUGAGCAAGCUGAGGAGAAAUCAGUAUCACCAGCAAUUCCCUCUGCUACUUCCUGUAAUAAAGAGGAUUUCAAAAUCAUUUCUGAACGUGUCCAAAGGUUAAUAGAUCAUUGGGAUUCCCAUCUCCAUGAGGACCAUUCAAACGCUGUGCCUUUGCCGAUGCCUACACCUGCGUCUGUGGAUAAAGGUGGGAAAAAAAGCAAACCAGCACUUUCUGACAUUAAGGGGAUUCCUAUGUCUGUGGAUAAAGAUGGGAAGAAAGGCAAACCCACACUUUCAGAUAUUAAGGAGAUGUCUGAAGGUAAACCAAAAAUAGAUAAAGGGCUCCACACGCUCCUGGUGGAGGCUGAGAAUAUCGCACGGAAGCGGGUUAGCAGUUCCCAACCUCUUUACCCUGACGUCGUAUCUCCUCAGCUCAGCAGGCUGGAUGACAGCAGGGAGGCCCCUCUCAGUAAGGCCUCCAUGGGGCUUUCCCACAGGUUAAGAUGGGAUGAAAAUGUGACCCUUGUUACGAAGGUGGAGACUAACGCGGCCAAUCGUUUGACUUCCCAGAGAGAUACUGGGAAAAUUUCCGUUCAGGAAAUGGAGAGGAAGGCCAGAGCAGCCUUGAAGGAGACACUCAGACAGUAUGAAACAGUCCAGUCAGUGUCAAGAUGUGAACAUGGCCAAAGUAGUGCCUUUAUUGGGGAUGAAAUUUCAGUGCCUGUGAGACCUUUUACGAGCAGCAAUUCAAGCAGUGACUCCAGUGAUGUGAGAGUUUCUUACAUGUGGGAUCCUGGUUCUGAUUCCUUUUUUGGGUACCCGCCCAAUAUCCCAGCCCACGUGCACGUGGGAGAUAUCCUCGAGAGAGAGAUCGUUUGUGAUAGUGAUGACGGCUGCAGCAGUGAUGAUUCCUUGGCUGCCCAUGUGCGGCAUCUCUUGACCUGUGACACCCCGGGGAGCUUGGCCACGCAGAUGCUACGGAAUGCGGAGGAAGAGGAGUGCAGGGUGCGCGCACGCGCCUGGAAUCUGAAGUUUAAUUUGGCUACUGAGUAUGGGAACUUCAUGACUGAGCUGGAUGAAGCUGACAUGAGGAAGGUGGAAGAGAUCAAGGCCGACCUCUUGGGGUGUGGGAGGCCACUGGACUUAUUCCAGGUAUGCAGGAGAACCCAGGCUGGUGGAACAUCAGAUCACUUCAGGAAUGCAGAUUCUGCUGCAUCUCUCAAGCUGUCAUCGGAUGCCAUCACUCAAAUAACAACCGAGGGUUCACAGAAGACCACAUUUUCAUCAGAGAUUAUUAUUAAUUCUCAGCCUCACAAUGUUCUUAACAAGCCGUCUCAUUGCCCAACUGCUCAGCUUUCACUGCUCCCCUACAAGCCUUCUGGAAGUGCUGAAAUGUACUAUGUUCCGAACUCAGCAGAGCCACCCCAGUAUCCUGUUGCCAAAUCAGAGACCACUCUUGAGAGCACCCACUCAGGCUCCAAUGAUGCCAUUGCUCCAGAUUUCCCCCCUGAUGCCCUGGGCACAAGGGAUGAGAAUAUGUCUGAUAUUGUAACCAUUAAGCACAAAGAGGGCAUCUAUAGCAAGAAGACCAUGUGUAAGUCAGCCUGGCCUGAAGAACGAAAUCCCCCACAAGAAAACAUCUCAGAAUCUAAAAAUCAGUUGGAACUUGAAAACACAACCCAUUCUGUCUUCAAGUCGGCCCAGUUUUACUUUCACCAUCCAGUGCACCAUCAUCAUCAUCAUGAUUUCUUCUCCUGUGAGCCCUGGGGAAGGGGAACUUGCCUGGCUCAUUCCAGAAGAGACCCUUGUUUCAGUCUGCCUUACGAAACUUGUGAAGAUGACCAUAGAUUCUCCCCCUUACAGACUGAAAUGGAUUACACCAGGAUAGAGAGAUACUGCUGGAAUGUUGGAGGCAACAGAGAGCCAGGGGCCGGGCAAAGGCUUGGAGAGAGUCUCAAAGUUGACAGUAAGAAGAGCGGCACGAAGGAAACCUCAAGGAUCCGCUUUUCCCUAGCCCAGACCCUUGAGCCCCGCACCACUUUGAGUGAGCUCUGGGACAGGUUUCAAGAGCGACAGAAGAAACAGAAGCCGCCUGCAUCUGGCUCCUCGGAUGAGUUAUCCUUGGUUGAUCGUCUCGAUCGCCUGGCGAAGGUCCUUCAGAAGCCCAUGAUGCUCUCUCUCCAGGCUUCUGAGUCUGCUCCAGAUGACUUCAGAGGGGAGAGCACACAGCAGCAGAGAAGAAGGAAGUCCCAGCCAAAGAAGAAAGAUGAAAAUGAGUCUCCAACUCCUCGCAGAUCAAGAUGGCCCCCCCAGUCUCCAUUUGGACUGGUGGGUGGGGACCAGGCGAAGCAUACCAGUCCCAGACAGCCAGGGCUGGAUUCUGUAAGCACAAUCUCUUCAGAUUCGAGGCCCUCCCCCGAGCCUGCAGAUCCUGUGUUUGAGUCCGAUGCAGCUGCCCAGGCUGAUGGGGAAGCAGGCCCACCUGGGGAGGUGAGCAGUGAUAUGUCCAGCAUUGACCCUGCCCGGAUAGUCCAGGGAAGAACGCAUGAAUCACCUAAACGGCAGCAGAAGCACUUGUCUGAGAGGCAGAGAGAGGGGAGUAGGAAGGUAGCCAAGUGGAAGCAAGUCCCCCCAACUUCUCCUCAGGUCGGAAGGAAAGGCGCACAGGUGGAUUCGGUAGUUUCCUCGGACUCGGUCUCAACUGUCAGUAGUGCUUGGAGUCCCACCCCCACCCCCAGGAAGAAGCAGACUGUCCGGAUGUUAAAUAAGGGCGUUCAAACAGGGGAACUGGAGAUAGUGAGAAGCACAAGGAAACACACUCGAGAUUUUGGGGUGACUUUUCCAACCCCAAAAUAUAGUGUGACUGGUAAAAGAGUAGAUGAUGAUGUGAACACUUCAAGCCCAGGAAGCCAUUUAGGAGAAAAGGAGCCUCUGACUUUUUACCUGUGGACCAAGAAGCCGAGGAGAAGUAAACCUCACUGCUCUGAAGGGGUUUCCUGGUUUAUUCCUGCAGAAAACCUGAGGUGCGCCUCCAAGAAGGAGAACCAGAGCAGUCGUGUGUCUGGCCCCGGCCCCUCUUGGUUCGCUGCCCUAACUCACACCAAGCCCUGGAGGCAGCCCCUUCAAGAGCAGAACUGGCAGACGGACAGCAGGGGCAGUGGCAGGCCGCCUGGUCUCAGCGAUGACAAGGAGGCCCAGAGACGAUUCGUGAAGGCAGGCUUGCAGGAGUCCCUGGAGAGGCUCCGCCCUGACUUCAUCUCACGCUCUGGGGCCCGGGUGAAGCGGCUGAGGUUGAUCACAGAGGAGAGGAAGCUGCAGCAUCUGUUGCAGAGGGAGCGAGAUGAGCUGUUCAAUACUGCUGAGCAGCAGAGGGAGUCCCAGGACAUUGCUGGCUUUCUUUCUAAGAAAGGUUACGGGACUUUGAGGAACAGGCCAAUCACCAAGAAGGAAAUGGUACAACGAUCGAAAAGGAUCUAUGAACAGCUUCCUGAAGUGAGGAAGAAGCGAGAAGAAGAGCAGAGAAAGUCAGCCUACACUACGUACCGGUACAAGGCCCAGCUCUACAAAAUGAAAAUCACCAACCGUGUCUUAGGGAGAAAAGUCCCCUGGGAUUGACAAGCAGCAUGGUCUUCUUUGAAUUCUUAUAUAUUUUUUUGUUCCAGACUUCUGCGUGGGCUUUGUGUGUGAUGUGAAUAUUUAAUAGUUGGAUCUGUGUUUUUGUGUGUAUUUAAUAAAAGUUAUUUGAUGUUUCUGCGCAGUUUAAAGGUAAUGACUUUGUAGCGAGUUGGGGGAGUCACUGAUGCCGAUGGACAUGACUCUCUUUUGGGGGACCUUCUUCUCACCUGACUAUUUCGAAACAAUGGCUUUGUCUUUCAAUGCUCCCCAGAAGCAGGGCUUUUUUUGUAUGUGCUUUUGUACUUUUAGAAAAUAAAUGACUUUGGCUUAGAGCA